CCACGAAAACUUGUUACUACCAUUCUCGUGCAGGCAACGAAUCGACCCGUCGUUCACGAACGAAGCGUCCUCACUCGCCACUGUAACGGCCGGUAAACAUCGAUCGAUAACCGGCCCCGUAACAAAUAUAACAAGACGCUAUACUUUACACUAUUAUAAUUUACACGCCGAUCCACCCUCAUCCUCUCUCUCUCUCUCCACAAUUCAUCAAAAUUAAACAUAUCCUCUCCACUAUAAAAUGCUCGAAAAAUCCAACUAGAAAAGAACAGUUCCUCUCUCCCUCUCACGUAUACACAUAUAUCCAUCCAUACAUACAAACAUACAUAUAUACACACACGUACGAUCGAGAAAGGAUAUGAGACGAGGGACGAGUGUGGCGGCGCGUGUCCCUCCGUGUUUCUCCUCCCCGACGAGCGAUCGAGGAGCCGGUGAGAAUCGUUCCGCGAGCGCGAGGCGAACGGCGCCGGGGAGAAGGCGGGCGACGACUGGCGCGUACCGCCGGGGGUAACGGUGGGUCGAGGGCGAGCGGCGUAUCGACCGAGGGGGCGGGAUGGAGGGCGCAGCCGCGACAGUGGCGCCGCAGCGGCCAGGUCCGAAGGCUAUGCGCGGCAUAGCCCGCUUCUGUAUCAACACGUUCAGAGUGUUCUACGCGAGGGCCGCGUUCGCGAGGCCCGCGCCCGUUCCUCUGCCCUCGUCCAGCCCGACCGCCGCCGCCACCUUCUCCCAUCGUCGUCUCGAGGAAUCCUCGUCGUCCAACGCGAUGGGCAACCUGCAGAGCGACGGGAGGAGGAGAGGGAGGAAGGGUAAAGGUGGUGCGAGCACCGCGUCGUCGGAGGAUGGCCUGGAGGACGUGGAGGCCGAGGAUGGAGGAGGAGGAGGAGAGGCGGACGAGGAGACGGUUGGAAGGAAGCAGGAGCAGGAGGUAUCCAGACAGGCGGAGAAGAGGCUCACUCAGAAGAGGCAAGCACCGAAACCGCCUGCCUCCACCGCGGAGAGGAAGGUCAGCCCUCAGGAUGCGAGGCAGGAUUCUCCGUCGGGAGAAAAGAGUGGCACGCGGGAGGAGGGAUCGAUCGGGAUCGAGAAGGUGGGUGGAAGGGAGGAGGAUGAAUCCGGAGGGACGACAGAGGCCUCCUCCAAGAAGGACGAAGCGAGGACGAUGAAGGAGGGAAGGACGGAUCAGGUGCAGAAGCAGGAGCCCACGCUUCUGGUCACGGAUUCGUGGCGGUUGGCCAACAAGUGCAUGGUCGUUGCUGAGCUGUCGAUGCCACCGAGUCAGGAAUCGUCGAGCGACAGCGUGUUCACGGAUCCCGAGGAGCUGGCCGCGAUCGCCGCGAAAGAGGAGGCUGCGAGGACGCCGUCGAUCGCGAGAAAUCAACAGAGGGUCGAACCCUCCUCCUCCUCCUCCGUGUCCCCGCUUUUCGAGAGACGAAUCGUUGGCACGUUGAUCUCGGCCCUCCCGGACCAAUUGAAGUCGAUACUCACGGAGGCCGAAGUCGAGCAAUUCGCGUCCAGAAUAUAUUCCAGCCUCGUCUCGGACGGUAUCAUCGGCUCGAUCACAAUCGACGGCGUCGCCCGGAACAAGGAUUUCGCGGAAGAUUCGUGCGAGUACGGGGACAGUACGCCAUCCGUCUCCCUCGGCUUAACUUCCGACCGGGUUUCCGGCAACGGGCGACGCGACUCCGAGAAGGAGUUACUGAAACAGGAACUCGAACGUUUACGAGAGUUCGCCAAAAAUGCGGGAAAGAGUAGCACUCAAGGUAAAUCCACGCAAACGUCCCCGUCGGCGACGCUUCCGGACCCACUUCCAAGUUCGCCAGCCACCCACGAUGCCGCCUCCAAGGACCCGGCCACCGCAACUCGAGGACCACCGCUCGGCCGAUUGUCCUUCACCCUGCCGCCCUCGCCUCUGCCGCAACUCGCCUCGCCCCCGCCUCCGCCCCCGCCCCCGCCGCCGCCUCCCCCGCCGCCCCCGCCCUCGCCCUUCCUAGACUUCCGUUCCCUCAACAAAUCGUCCACCUCGCCCCCCUCCUUCCCCAUCCCGCCCCCGCCGCCCCUCCCCUCGCAACGAGCGUCCGCCGCCUCCCUAACCUCCUCCCUGUCCUCCGGCCCCACUCCCACCCCCUCCGCCGCCGCGGUCCCGCCGCCUCCUCCGCCCCCUCCGCCCCCUCCGUCCCUGCACCCCGUCACCCAGGCGCUGCGCGCCGCCCCGACCGCCCCUCCGCCCCCGCCCCCGCCUCCCCCGUCCCCCUCGCCCUCCGCCCAGAGGUACCCGGUGCCGCACCCGUGCCCCGCCGCCGCUCCCCCGCCCCCGCCGCCCUCCCUCGCCUCCCCCAUUCCGCCGCCCCCGCCCCCGCCGCCCCUCCCUCCCCCGCCCCCGCCCUCCUCCUCCGCCUCGUCCGCCUCGAUCGGACUGCGCGCGGCGUCGCCGCCUCCGCCCCCGCCUCCGCCGCCCCCACCGCCCCCGACGCAGUCCUCGGCCGCGGGCGGUGGGCCGCCGCCGCCGCCGCCUCCGCCUCCGCCGCCGACGCCCAUGAUCGGCGUGCCUCCGCCCCCGCCGCCUCCGCCGCCGUCCGUUUUCGCCGGCGGGCAGCAGCAGCAGCCACCGCCCCCUCCGCCUCCGCCGCCGCCGCCAGGGGCGGCGAGUCAAGGAUCGUCGCAAGGACCGAGUCCUUUGCCCGCACCUCCGCACGGAGGUUGGAACCCGGCUAGCAGAGCGUGUAUGAGGAAGGAGCCGCUCUGCCCCGAGGUCCCUAUGAAACCUCUUUACUGGACGAGGAUUUUGGUCCCUGUAGUACCGACAGAGCGUGGUGGCUCCACCGAUGUUACGGACUCGCACGUGCACAUCCCGCUGUGGGCGGAGCUGGAGGAAGAGAAAAACUUGGACAUGAAAGAGUUCGCCGGCCUUUUCUCGCGUCAGGUAACCGCGUCAAGAAAACCGGUGAAAAGAACGGACGAGGCCACGAGGCCGUCUAAGGUGCAGCCUGCCAAGAUCCUCGACUCGAAGCGGUCCAAGACGGUCGGUAUAUUGGAGAAGAGCUUGCGCGUGGAUUUCUGCGAGGUCGAGAACGCCGUUUACAAUUUGGACACGAGCGUGAUCAACUUGGAGGCGUUGCAACAGAUAUACGAGAUCAGGCCAACGAAGAAAGAAUUGGAGGAUAUAAAAGCGUUCGAGGCGGCGAAUCCCGACGUUCCCCUCGAUCAACCGGAGAUAUUUCUCAAGAGGCUAGCCGAUAUCAAUCAUUUCACAGAGAGGAUAGCGUGUUUGAUGUUCCAGGCCGAGUUCCAGGACGCCAUCUCGAACGUCUCGUCGAAACUAACGAAUCUUCGCAGCACGUGCGACUUCUUGCGAAACUCGAGCUCAUUGAAGCGAGUGAUGGCGCUGAUCCUCACGUUCGGCAAUUACAUGAACGGGGGGAACAGGACGCGGGGGCAGGCGGACGGCUUCGGUCUCGAGAUUCUAGGCAGAUUAAAGGACGUCAAGUCGAACGUGGCCGGUGUCACGUUGCUUCAUUACAUUGUUAGGGCGAGAUUGGCGCAGGAGAAGGAUCACAAUUUCGACGAGCCGUUGCCGCUCCCGAUUCCGGAACCGGCCGACAUGGAGGCGGCUUCCACCAUAAAUUUUGAAAAUCUAUCCGCCGAGUUGGACAGGUUGAAGAACGAGCUCGAAGGUUGUGUCGAGAAGUGUGACGCCGUGGUCGAGGCGGAUCCUGAUUCGUCGGCCCCGUUCAAAGAGAAAAUGGACGCGUUUUUCCGGGAGGCGAGGGCAGAAUUGGCCAACGAGCAACAGGCACUGCUCGAGGCUAGAGGAAAAUUCAAGGCUGUGAUGCAGUUCUACCAAUACAAGCCGAAAGGGACGAAUCUCGACGCGGCCGAUCCAAACGCGUUCUUCUCCCUUUGGCUAGGUUUCUGCCAAGAUUUCAAGGAUAUCUGGAAGAAGGAGCAACAGCGGAUAAAGAAGGAACGGAUGGAGGAGAUGAAAAAGAAGUACGAGAACAAGACGAAAGUGGAGAAAUUAAAAUUAAGCGCAACGGGAUUGAAGGCACGACUUCAAAAAUUGUCGCGAAAGUAGAAAAGGGAAAAAAAGGAAGAAAAAAAAAAUAUAUAUAUACGUAGGUGAAAAAAAAAAAAAAAGUACUUCGAUCGCUGAAAUCGACAACGCGAUUCCAAUUUAAUCGGAGCGGUGUUCGAGCGAGGAUCGGUUGGUAUACCACGCUACGCUACACGUAUACAACUGUGUACGUAUACGGAAAUACGGGGGCAGUUUCUUUGGAUCGAUCGUCCGUUCCGUUCGAUCCGUCCUAUUAUUAUUAUUACUGUUAUUAUUAUUAUCGUCAUUAUUAUUCUUCUACGGCACUAAAGUUUCAUCGAAUUCGAAUCGAAUAACGAUUAUUGAUUGAUGAUAGAUAAGAAUCGAUACGAGAGAAUCUGAAUUGUAAUAUUGUAAAUAAGGCUUGUUGUUAAGUUUGCGUAUAUAAUUUGUUAUAAUUUGUAAAUACGAUUGUUCCGCGAAUGAAAUAUUCGGAUAAUUAUAAUAAACGUUACUUUUUACAUGAA